AUGUACGGCAUGCCCGCGGGAGGGGGGCGGCCGGGGCCGGGAUGUUUCGCCCCGCCGGGGCCGGGGGCCGGAGGCGUUGCGGCGCGGCGAUCGGUAACGGGCGUUGCGGUUGUGUGCAGGGUCGGCGGCUCGGCGGAGAAGGGCCUCAGCAGGGGGAUCAGCUCGGAUGAGCCCCCGAAGCGGCCUUUGACGGCCUAUUUCCGUUUCAUGAAAGAAAACCAUUCUGCUUUCAGGCAAAAAAAUCCAGAAGUGACCAACAUGGAGCUGAUUAAAAAAAUAGCAGAAGCUUGGAAGGAGUUGCCAGCAUCACAGAAGCAGGUUUAUGAGGAAAGUAGAAAGGCAGACUGGCAAAGAUAUAAAGAGCAGUUGGCUGCAUAUAAAGCACAGCUAACUCCAGUCCAGGCUGCGGCUUUGAAAGAAGAAAAGAGAAAACAACUGGCAAAAAGAAGAUUGUUCAGGGCAAAAAGAGAAUUGACCAUGCUUGGAAAACCUAAAAGACCUCGUAGCGGCUUUAACAUUUUUGUGUCAGAAAACUUUCAAGAAAGUGAGGGAAUAUCACCUAUGGCAAAGCUGAAGCAAUUAUUUGAUGCAUGGCGAAAACUGUCCAGUUCUCAAAAGCAGCCAUACCUGCAGCUUGCUGAAGAUGAUAAGGUUCGUUAUGUAAAUGAAAUGAAGUCAUGGGAAGCAAAAAUGGUUGAACUCGGACGUGAAGACCUGAUACGUUCCAGAACGCGAAUGCCAAGAACGAAAACUGCUGAAACUGCAAAGAAAGCUGCAACAGCCAAAGCCUCCUCACGUGAAAACAAGGCAAAAUUAAAGUUGAAAAAAUCAGAAGAAUAAAAUGGUCAAGUAUUUUAUAUUUAAGGCCCUUUGGUUGUCAUGUCUUUAUCCUGCUGUGUUAAUGCUACAGUCAGCAUUAGCACUGAAAUUUGGAAAGCCCGUAAAGGGGCCACUGGAGAAGUAGAAAAGGUGAUCGGGUAACAGAGGAUUCAGUGUCUCUCUGAUGAACUGACUGAAAUAAUCAUUGCAGGUGUAGCCUGAACAGUUAGUCAAGCUGUGAAUAGAGACACUCACUGACAUCAGCAGAGCUCUCCAAUAAUGGUAGAUAACAGCUAACUUUUAUAAGAUUUUUU